GUCUGUAGAGGAAAUCCGAAGGGAGCACAAAAACAGAAAGCCAAACAAUGAAAAAAACAAUGACACAAGUUGGGCGGUACUAACCUAUACUAGAAAGUCAACGUACAAACUAGCAAAGCUGUUCCAGAAACACAACCUUCGCACAUCAUUCAGAACAAAUAACAACGUAGGACGGAUACUACGGAACACCACAGAUCAAGAAUACCCAUUGGAUAAACAAGGAGUGUAUAAACUAACUUGCCGGAGUUGUUCUCGCGACACGCACACGAUGACAGGGCAUGAAUUACCUACCACACCGAACUCCAACACAUCAAAUGCCAUCGAUAGUAGUCAUAGCAGCCCCAACAGCAAUGGCAACAGCCGGAUCAACUCCGAUUCUAGCGAUGCAUCAUCUCCAUCACCUUUCCGCUCCCGUUCACCUUCACCGCUAGAAUAUGAAAACAAAGAAUUUGUAAAUCUUCUAACAGAUAAAAAAUUUCAUGAUGAAAUUGUUAAACUCGUUAAGAAGCGCGUUAAUUUUAUUGACAAUCAUGACCAAUAUAGCGUAACAAUUGACCAGAAUCGAAUAGUAAAUGUUGGCAAUAACGAUCUCCUAACAAAUCACGAAUUUCUGAUGGAUAUAGCAUUACUUGCAUCAACACACAGUGAGGACCCUAAAACAAAAGUAGGUGCUUGUAUUGUGGAUAGCAAAAACCGCAUUGUCGGCAUUGGUUACAAUCAUUUUCCACCGAACUACACGAAUCAGCCGUAUCCGUGGGGCAAGGACAAAGAUAAAUUAAAGAAUAAGCUCACCUAUGUCAUACAUGCUGAAUCAGACGCCAUAAUCGGUCCACAACCAAAUGAUUUGCAUGGCGCAACGAUAUACUCAACGCUAAUGCCCUGUAAUGAAUGCGCGAAACUAAUUAUACAAUCGGGUAUACGAAAAGUGUACUAUCUCAAUUCAAAACUUUUCGAGAAAUGGAUAUACAAGGCUUCGCGCAACAUGCUACAAAAUGCGCAUGUAACAUUGCAGAAAUUGGAACAGCGCACCAGUAGUCCUUUGGAAGAUUGCCUGUGAUUCAUAGUUGGACGCAUAUAUUUUGAUAUUGAUUUCAACGCACACACAUAUACAUACAUAUGUAUAUCGUCACCGUCAAUGCAAAAGGCCCUAUAUCAGACAUUUUCAAAAAUGCGUUUUUACUAUCAUCUUACUUUUCUCUCAAGUUCACCUUAACAAAAUUCAUAGCCAUAACUUAAAAAGUACGAGAUUUUUUUGGCACCCUUAGAACAGCCUUGCAAGCCAUUUAUUUCUAUGAUAAUUUAAGAAGCUUUUUCGCUUCUACUGUAAAAUUUCAAAUAGGGCAUUUUGCAUUGAUGGCAACGAUAUGUAUUUUGUUAUAAUUUCGAUAUACACACAAAAGUUUUAUUGACUAUAUUUUUUAAAUAUUUUUCUUAGUUAAUUGGAUAGUGCUACUUAGUUAAAAUAUUAGGAAGAGGCACCUAAUUGGGAAAUUUGUAGUGCAACAUAACAGUUUAAGUUUUACCGAUUGGAAAAUACAUUCGUAUUGUCGGUAUUCCAAAACCCAAUUAGGUUUGUACAUAUCGAGGGCUUAUAUUCAAUACCCUCUAUCUGCAAUUUUCACA